UCUUGGCAUCAAUACAUAUCUACCUUGUUGACAACCAUGUGGAAAGUUACCACGAGCGUAAAUUUGCAUGAAGUGGAGAUGUGCUGCGGUCAAAGGCGUAAUUGAAAAUGAAUUAUCCUUUACCCACGGGAGUUCCAGGGUAUUUAAGGGUGGCAAAAUUUUGGAUUGUGAGAGAUAUUGGUUCCUGUUGGCCUCAGUUGAUAAACAAUAUGACUUCAAAAACCGUCCUCGUCACUGCUGCAACCGGAACAGUGGGUAAAUUACUGGUGCGUGUUCUAUUGGAGGAACAGUGGAAUGUUCACGCUUUGGUAAGAUCCCAAGAUUCAGAAGUCUCUCAAGAGCUUCAUGCGUUGGGUGUAAAGGUUUUCAAGGGUGAUUUUAAUGACUUGAAUUCCAUCAGGACCGCCGCACAAGGGGUUGAAGGUGUGUUUGUUAACGCUGUACCCACCAUGGGAUCGACCAUGGAAGUGACCCACGUAGAAAAUGUCAUCACCGCUUGCAAGGACGCUGGUGUAAACACUGCUGUUUAUAUGAGCGCUUAUAUGGUGGAGCGUAGAAAGGAAAUCCCAGGCUAUGAUCCAAAGACAUCUGUAUUCGAGAACAAGGCCACGGCUGAAGAGAGGAUUGCGAACGCUGGAUUCAAAUAUUGGACUGUAGUCAGACCAUGUACCUUCAUGGACAAUUUUUUCGGCAGAAUAUCAGCUAUUCAGUUUCCUCAUCUUCAAAAGGAACAUGUGCUUGUAGCCACAUUGAAAGAAUCUACCAAGAUUCCGCUGGUUGAUAGCUUAGUGAUUGCAAAGUUCUGUCAGGCUGCGCUUUCUGACCCAGAGCAAUACAACGAAAAAAUCAUUGAUCUAGCACCUGAGGCACUUACAUUGCCUGAAAUUGCGGAGAAAGUUACUCGAAACAUCGGUAUCGAAGCCAAGGCUGAGUGUCUAUCUUUUGAGGACGCAAAAAACAGAGGUUGUUUUCCACCUAUACUUGGUUUAUGGGAAGCUUUCAAUCUACUUCAGCCGAGCGAUACAAGGGAUCAACUACAAGAAUAUCAAAUUAAGCUCAACACCUUUGACGACUACCUUCAGCGCAACAAGCAGAGUGUCAUGGCCUACUUUGGUUAAAAGGAGACGAAGCCAGCUGAAGUUGAGCUGUAGUAAUAAUCGACCAUAUAUGAAAUAAAAAUUACUAUGAUUUUGUUUGUGAAUCUUGAAUCACGGGCGGUGCCCAUCCGCUGAAUGUUACAGUCAUACGAGAAUUAAUAUGGAGGUAGGUUUUGAAUAUGCUUUGAUUAGUUGAUUUAUUAAGGAAUGG